GAACGAACGGAAGAAGCCCCCCCCCCGCCCCACCAAAGGAUAGCCGCGAGCCUUCGUACUGUCACGUUGGUAGAUCACCCCAAGCUCUCACCAAGUACUUCCAGCGGGCGAGAGUAAAGGGGGGUGGCGAGGGGGGGUGCAAAACGAAAGAUAGCAAGCCCGCUCUAUCGAUCGACCGACCGAUCCCAAUUCAAGUCGCUGAGAAAAAGGACAAGGGAAGGAAGAGACGAAGCGAGGGAGGUCGAAUUGGAUAGCUCCCGAUCGAAGCGCUCUCCGAGCUCCGCGGGGGUUUUCGAUCUCCGUCUCUGAGAAUUGCGUCUGCGAGUUAGCGUCUUUGGACGGGUUUUCAACUCGGAGUCUCCGUGUUGAGGGCGCCUUCUUGAUCUCGCCUUGCUUUAGGGUUUUCCCGGUGGGAGAUGAUGUUCGCGCCUGCAUUGCUCCCUCUCAGGCGGUCGGCAUUGAGGAUAUGUUCAAUUCUCUGUAAAAGAAGGUGCAAACCCUAAUCUUGACUGAAACCCAAGAUAUAGAAUAGGAUCAGCGGAAGAAGAGGUUAAAUUCUUGGUGGUUGUCAAUAUGGACACUGUUCACUGAGAGAUGCAGCCGUUGCCACAGCCGCAGCUUUCGCCACAACCGUCAUACUCUCGGACCAACCUCAAUGACCUCAAGUCACAGAUAGCAAAGCGAUUAGGCACGGAGCGAGCACAGCGCUACUUCAUCUAUCUGAAUGGGUUGUUAUCACAGAAGAUGAGCAAGCUCGAGUUCAACAGGAUUUGCCUUCCGACUCUGGGCCGUGAGAAUCUCCCCUUGCACAACCAACUCAUCCGAUUGAUCCUUGAAAAUGCCUGUCGAGCUAAAGUUCCACCACCAGUCAAUCAGGAGAAGGGUGUGCAGAAGCCGGUUGUAGAUGUGCUGAAGAGAACCCCUCAGAUCAAUGAUGGAUUCAAUUCAUUACGUGCCCUGAUUACAUCGAUGCCCAGCUCAUCAAAUGGCCGGCAUGCCAAAGAUUAUGCAGGCCAUCUUGGACCAAAUGGGAGAGCAGAGAUUGCUUCCUAUCAUUUUGUGGCACCUUACGAUGAGAUUGUCAGCAGGGAGAAUGGUGACUUCAUUCCAUCUGAAUCGAGGAGGCUGCAGCAUCAGCAAGUUGGUCCUGCAGAGCGACGGGCAAAGAGACCACGGUUGGAUAACCCAUCACUGCAUGACCAGGGUUCUGUGAAUGACAAGGGGUUGGUUGAAGUAGCAACUGUGGACGAUCUGGAUAGACUGGACCACUUGGACUCCUGCAGAGGAUCUCUUCGGGCCCCACUUGGCAUUCCAUUUUGUUCUGUGAGCACUGGUGGGGCAAGAAGCCGUCCACUGUCAACAGCCGGUGCUAGCAGUGGUGGGUUCGGUAGCAUCUAUGGUCGUGGUGAACUGUUCCAUACUGAGAUUUUGAAGAAACGGAUGGAGCAAAUAACUGAAGCACAGGGAUUGGGAGGAGUAUCUAUGGAUUGUGCCAAACUACUAAAUAAUAGUUUGGAUGCUUAUUUGAAGCUGCUGAUUAGGUCAUGUGUUGAGCUAGUUGGAGCAAGAACUGGAAAUGGACUAACAAAAAGGCCAGUCUCCAGAUUGCAGCUAUAUAGGAAUUCUAUUGUUGAUAGUUUUGUUGGAAACAAUAUCAAAAUGCAAAUUGUAGGUGGACCUUCAGAAGGCACACAUGAACUGAAAAACAGCUGUUUGAUAUCUAUGCAGGAUUUUAGGGUAGCGAUGGAGCUAAAUCCACAACAACUUGGAGAGGACUGGCCCUUGCUACUUGAGAAAAUAUGUAUUCGUUCAUGUGAAGAAUAAGACAAGCCCGGUUAAAGUUUUUGGUUUGUGAAAAUUGUUGGUAGCUGGAUUGCUCCGGUGACUGAGAGCUAAAGGUGUCUAUGUGGGCAUUAAAACUUCUCAGCUUUAGGAUACACUUUGGCAGGUUUUGUGGGAUCAGAACAAAGAAAUCCCAUUAGAUCCAGGUAAGGAGCAAAUGCUCAAACAGUGACAUAUUUGUUUGACUCAUCCUGUCGAAAGAAAAAGAGAAUCCCAGUUUGACUCACUUGUUGUACAUUUAGCGUUUAUGAAGGGUGUCUCCAAUGGUACCACGAAUCUCAAGCAUAAUUGUAACUCCGAACAUGGAGGACCCAAAGGCAGUUUUGCAGGAAUUUCAUUUGUAACUUCUGUAAGUUCGGAGGUAGCAGUGUGUGUAUUAUCAAUUGGCAGAAUGCUUGGUUGAUUUACAAGUGUCAUUUCAUGAAUGCUUUCAUUU